GCCCUCUCCUCGGUGUCGGUGGUGGCCAUGGCCUCCGCGGCCCAGGUCAGGACUCCCAAGAAGCCCUUCGCCCCUCCUCGCGAGGUUCGCCGGCCGGUCACGCACUCGCUACCGCCUCAGAAGAAGGAGAUCUUCGAGUCACUUAACGCCUGGGCAGAGGACAACAUCCUGGUGCUCCUGAAGCCGGUCGAGAAAUCAUGGCAGCCGCAGGACUACCUGCCAAACGCCUCCUCCGAGGGGUUCUACGAUGAGGUCAUGGAGCUGCAGGAGCGCGCCAGGGAGAUCCCCGACGACUACUUCGUCUGCUUCGUCGGCGACAUGAUCACCGAGGAGGCGCUCCCGACGUACCAGACCAUGCUCAACACUCUAGACGGCGGCGUCCGGGACGAGACCGGCGCCAGCCCCACCAGCUGGGCCGUCUGGACGAGGGCGUGGACCGCUGAGGAGAACAGGCAUGGCGAUCUCAUGAACAAGUACCUGUUCCUCACUGGAAGAGUCGACAUGAGGCAGAUCGAGAAGACGAUACAGUACCUGAUUGGCUCUGGAAUGGAUCCGAAAACCGAGACGAACCCCUACAUGGGCUUCAUCUACACGUCGUUCCAAGAACGCGCGACCUUCAUCUCCCACGGCAACACCGCGCGGCACGCGAAGCGCUACGGCGACGUGAAGCUGGCCCAGAUCUGCGGCACCAUCGCCGCCGACGAGAAGAGGCACGAGUCGGCCUACGUCCGCAUCGUGGAGAAGCUCUUCGAGAUCGACCCGGACUACACGGUGCGCGCCUUCGCGGACAUGAUGAGGAAGAAGGUGGCCAUGCCGGCGCACCUGAUGUACGACGGGCAGGACGACGACCUGUUCGCGCACUUCAGCGCGGUCGCGCAGAGGCUGGGCGUGUACACUGCCAGGGACUACGCCGACAUCCUCGAGUUCCUGGUCCGGAGGUGGAACGUCGGGGAGCUCACCGGGCUGUCCGGAGAGGGGAGGCGGGCGCAGGAGUUCGUGUGCUCCCUGGGGCCGAGGUUCAGGAAGCUGGAGGAGCGAGCACAGGCAAAGGUCAAGGAUGCACAGUUUGCUGCUUUCAGCUGGAUUUAUGGCCGCCAAGUUCAGCUUUAGUUCAGCUGGAUCAAAUUGCUGAAUAUAUUCAUCAGGUGAAAUUAAUGCAAUGAUAUGGUGAUCGACAAGUUAAUUGCUGUAAGAAGAACACUUGUUUCGUUUGAAUUUUCUUUUCUUUUUUUCAUUAAGAGAAAUUGGAGUGCGACCAUCGUUUGUUUCUUUUGAUGUUCUAGCAUGCUAGAAUAUGCACGCAAAUUGGCUCGUAUAAGU